AUGCGUAAUGCAUUUCCCCAGCGUUUAAAAAAAAAAGGUUGUACCCUGGCAGGAGUUCCGCCAUUGGAACUGGAAGCAAUCUACUAUGAGGAGGUCUACGAGAGGGUAUCGAACCUGAGGGGAAGAGGCACUUCGAUCCAAAACAAUGAACUGGACACAAUUAAGGAGUCAUCCAGAAGGAAGUUAGUUAGAAACUGGGGAGAAUGGAUAAAGGAGAUGACUCAAGAAGGGGAUACUAUCCUGGGUGUGAUAGGAGGACAACUUAGGGAAUGGUUAAAUGCGGAAGUGGGCCUCUCCUUCCGGAUGACACAGGUUCUCACGGGGCACGGAUGCUUCUGGAGGUUCUUGUGUCGGAUCGGUAGGGAGGCCUCUAAUAGGUGCUGGCACUGCGAUGCCUUAAAUGACUCCGCAGGGCACACCCUCAGAUACUGUCCUGCGUGGGAGGUUGAACGGGCAGAACUACGCGGAGUGAUAGGAUUGGACCUAUCCUUAAAAGCAGUCAUUAAAUUAAUAAGAAGAGAAGAGGGAAAACAGAAGUUUCACUCUUUCUGUGAAAGGGUUAUGUCUCGUAAAGAGGCGGCAGAAAGAGAUAGAGAGGGGGUUAAUCCCAUGACAUAA